AUGUCAAAAUUUAAAUGCCUGAGUAAGUGGAAGUGGGGAAAGAGGAGUGAGAGUGGAGAGAGAGAGGAGUGGGAGUGGAGAGAGAGGGAAGUGAGAGUGGAGAGAGAGAGAGAAGUUGGAGUGGGGAGAAAGAGAGAAGUGAGAGUGGAGAGAGAGAGGAGUGAGAGUGGAGAGAGGAGUGGGAGUGGAGAGAGAGAAUUGAGAGUGGGGAGAAAGAGGGGAGUGGAGAGGAGUGGGAGUAGAGAGAGAGAGAGGGAGAGAGUGGAGAGAGAGAGAGGAGUGAGAGUGGGGAGAAAGAGGGGAGUGGAGAGAGAGGAAUGGGAGGGGAGAGAGAGAGGAAUGGGAGUGGAGAGAGAGGGGAAUGGGAGUGGAGAGAGAGGAGUGAGAGUGGAGAGAGAGAGAGGGUGGAGUGAGAGUGGAGAGAGAGAGGAGUGGAGUGAGAGUGGAGAGAAAGGAGGAAGAGUGAGAGAGGAGAGGUGUGGAAGUGGAGUGAGAGUGGAGAGAGAGAGAGGGGAGGGGGAGUGGAGAGAGAGAGAGAAAAGGGAGUGGAGAGAGAGAGAUGAGAUGGGAGUGGAGAGAGAGGAGAUUGGGAGUGGAGAGAGAGGAGUGAGAGUGGAGAGAGAGAGAGGGUGGAGUGAGAGAGAGAGGAGUGAGAGUGGAGAGAAAGGAGUGAGAGAGGAGAGGUGUGGAAGUGGAGAGAGAGGAGAGGAGAGAGAGAGGAGUGGGAGUGGAGAGAGAGGAGUGAGAGUGGAGAGAGAGAGAAGUGGAAGUGGAGAAAAUGAGAAGUGGGAGUUGAGAGAGAGAGGAGUGAGAGUGGAGAGAAAGAGGAGUGGGAGUGGGGAGAGAAAGGAGCAAAAAUGGAGAAAGAGAGAGAAGGGAGUGAGGGGAGUGGGGUGA